UGGCAAACUUCUUAACGUGUGUCGAUUGCACAUGUUGGUGUUUGUCAUGGUUUUAUCAUUUAAUAAGAAACGGGAAAAUUGAAGUAUUCGAUUUAUUGACAUAAAAAGCGGCAAUCGUUAAAAUACUCCAAUAUUUAAAAUGUUUCUCAGAGUUCUACCUGGAGAGUUUUGUCGAAAUAUUUGUACUUCUAAUUUUAAUGGAUGUGUCAAAACUGUCUUGGAAUCGGUGACGAGAAAAAAAUAUCAAUGUUCUUUGAAUAAAUCCUUUUCAAGCUCGCCUUGUUUACUCAAUCAAAACGAUGAGUCAGCUAACACUGACAUUGACAAAACGGAACGUAAAACCAGAAUUCCACGAAGAAUUCUUAAAAGAGUAUCAAAACUUGGAUUGUCUGAAAAACAUGUUGAAUGUUACAAUAAACACAACAAAUUACCUGAACAGACUGAGGAUCACAAUGAAUUUUUGCAUUCUUCGAAGAACAUUGAGCAUCUUGUAACAAGCUUAAAGUCUGAGCCUGACACACAAGCCAGAAUACCAGAGUUUCCAUCUGAUGUUAUAAAAGAUCAAAACUGGUUCAGAAAUCAAGGUCGAAAAGCAAUGCGGCCAAAAGUUGACCCUAAAAAAACAUCAGUUAUUUUGUUCCAGGGGCAGGGAAGUCAGUUUGUAGGGAUGGGGGAGAAACUCCUUGCUUAUGAUGGUGUGGAACGAUUGUAUGCAGUUGCAAGUGAUAUUCUUGGAUACGAUUUGUUACAACUUUGCAUAAAGGGACCCAAGAAUGUCCUUGAUAAAACCAUUCACUGUCAACCAGCGGUUAUGGUGACGUCCAUUGCUGCAAUAGAAAAACUGAAGGAAGACUAUCCAGAGGCUGUUGAUAACUGUGUGGGGACGGCAGGAUUCAGUGUGGGUGAAUAUGCAGCUCUGGUUUUUGCUGGAUCCUUGACAUUUGAAGAUGCCGUGAGGGUGGUGAAGGUGAGAGCGGAGGCCAUGCAGACUGCUUCAGAGGCGGAGCCGAGUGGAAUGAUGAGCGUUUUCAUUGGUCACGACACGAAACUGAACUUUGCCCUACUUGCAGCGCGUGAGUUCUGUCAACGCAAACUGGGCCUGUCUGGUGCUGUGUGUUGUGUCGCCAACUACCUGUAUGCUGAUUGUAAGGUCAUCGCGGGCCAUGAUGAGGCACUGAAUUUCCUGGAGAAUAAUUACAAAGACUUUGGAAUUCGCCGUCUGAAACGUCUUCCGGUUAGCGGUGCGUUCCACACGGACUUGAUGCGGCCAGCAAGAGGUCCUCUGGUUAGAACGCUCAGGGAAAUACAGCUUGAAAAACCGCUCGUACCCGUACACUGUAAUGUAAACGGUAACCGUUACCGUGACGUCAAGUCGAUGAUAAAUCUUCUUGGACAACAGAUUUAUAAACCAGUGAAGUGGGAACAGACCAUGCACAUUUUGUACUCUCGUGACAAGGGAGAGAACUUCCCGUUCACGUACGAAUUAGGACCCGGAAAGCAGCUGGGGACACUGAUGAAACUUGUUAAUGCCAAGGCCUAUGAACUUUGCAAGAACAUUGAUGUGUAGACAAGUGUGUGAUUUAUUGUGUCAUUUUAUAUCAAAAAAGAAUUGAAGAAAA